AUGGCGGAGGGAGACACUAAAAUCAACAGUCAUAAUGGAACCCCCAGUCCAAGAUCGCCUUCGGCUGAAUCAGACAGUUCAAAUUCCUCCAAAGGAAGUAACAAGACCAAUCAAAUUGCAGCUCAACUACGACCCUCUUUACAGGGGUCAUGUCGAUCAGUUUCAUCUUCAAACAUUUCAGUGAAUACGUCGAAUCUUGCAUCACAGAGAAAACCUCAUACAUCGAGACUCAAAACUCACAAUAGGUCAUUGUCACAUAAUAAGUUAUUGAACAAGUUGUCAUCAUCAACUGCGCCUGCAGCAGUCCGACCAAACCUAAAUCGGUCCAAAUCUACUGAUGGGUUGACUAAAAGUGGGCGACAUUCAAAUAUUGUAAAAAGGAACAAUAGGUCAUUUACAAAACUAACUGGCUUACAACCCUUGUCAAAAACAGUUUCCAACCACUCUGUGAAAUCAAACAAGUCAAAUACAUCGCUUAAAGGUCUAGGCGGGGGUACGUCCACCGGAGGAAUCAAACCCAGUGCACGCAAAGGAACGGCAACUUUGAGUUUGGAGGAUGACAAGGAAUAUGAAGAUGUUGAUGAACCCCCAGAUGAAGGUGAUGAUGUGGUUGCCCCGCAGCCCGAAAGAUUUGAUAGCCAGGAAACAGUCUCUACCACCCAUCUGAGCUCGAAUCAAAAUAUUCCUAGUUUGUAUGAACAGAUUAACAGAAUUUUGCCAGACCCUUCACCUCAAAAUGAGGAUGAGCGCCCCAAACUUGACGUCGUGGAAGAGGUAAAAGCCCUUGAAGAUAAACCACAGAACCGUGUGGAGACAAAGAGACCCGAUUUGAUAUCGUCUGUGCAGAGCUCGACUGAUGACGUCAACAAUUUGUAUGGAAGCUCGUUACUUUUAUCCCAAUCCACUGGAGUGGUUCGGAAAGUUGAUCCAAUCAAUGCAAGAGUAAGUGAGGUUUAUCCUAACAGACAGAAUGCAGCAGAUCAUCAACUGGAAUCUGUCAGUGGAAUUUCAUUCAAGGCCAAUCCCAUGGAGGCAGUGAAUAAUAAAAAUAUUGCAAAGCCAGUGACCACUAAUCAAAACGUGAGCCAAAACAACUCCUACCAACCCGAUCAAACUAUUUUCUCGAAUUUGCAAAGAACAAACAAUCAACUCCAACAGAGCAGGCAAAACGGGGGUGACCGUGUACCUGAGACGCGAGCUGCUCCGUCUACCAAUAGAACUCUGAAUCCAUUGAGCAAUGGUGCUAACAACUACAGUGAGUUUCUUCGAAGCACAUCAUCAUCUUCUAAUCUGCCACACGGUGCAUCAAAAAACAUUGAAACCAGAACACAGCAGAAACUUUGGUUACAAAGGGAGAACUCGCUUUUGGAUGUCACCAACAUGGACCCGUCAAGAAGGUCCAACUUUUCCAACUUGUCUUUAAACAAUAUAAUGUUUUCCCACAACUACAAUCAAAGCCAAUCCAAUGGUCAAUUGUCGAGUAAUCCCAACUCGUACCAAGGUCAACAUAAUCUAUCCUCCUCCCUUGGCCCUUUGACGCCAAUCACUCCUGGCCCAGUACAAGGCGUUCCAGGUUUCAACAACGGAACUAUAACCCCAGAACGGGGUAUGUCGAGUGUCAACGUAAAUGGUUUGCUUCAUAUGAUUCAAAAUGCACACCAAAAUUCGAUUCAAUCAAGAACUGAAUUUGAACGACUCAAUAGAGAGUAUCUCAAUGUCAGACGUCAUUUGAAUCCUGUUGGUGAAAGCUUAAACAGACUUCAAAGUAAGAAUAGUGACAAGAGUGAGAUUACAGUUGCCAAGUCAAAGAAGCGUCCUGAUGGUGGCAAUACGAACGCAAACACAUUUGAAGAAUAUGCGCCGUCCUUUCACGCUAGGCAGGCAGAUACCAUGGGGACAGUCAACAAGAUAUGGCACGAUGCAAUAUUGUGGACCUUGUCUGCUUCUAGAGUAGGAUCAUUUUCACAAGAGAAUACAGCAAAUCAACAAAUGCACACGCCUGUGCACAGAAUGUCAUCUUUCGGACAAAAUUCACCUUACAAUAAACAUCCACAACUUCAGACUAAUCGAGUUGUUAAGCUUGGCCAGAACCAGUCAAUGCACAAUGAUUAA